GUUCAUCCAACAAAGAAAAAUGAAGAAAGCCACUGAGAUAUAAUAGACUGUCCUACUACUAGGUUGGGAUUGAUAAACUGAAAAUUAGUGCAGAUGCAGUAUAACUGCACUGGGAUUUCAAAAGCAUGCUUCAGUGGAGGAGACGUCAUUGCUGCCUUGGCAAAAUGACCUGGAAUAGUAAAAGGUCACUUUUUCGCACCCAUCUCACAGGGCUUUUAUCACUCGUGUUUCUGUUCGCCACUUUGCUGUUCUGUAACCAUCACAAUUCAUUCACUGGUAGAGUUGGACUAAAAGAGAACCCAGUGACGCAUUCAAUUCGUGGAUUCAAAACAACCAAAACUGAUACCAACAGCUCACUAAGGAAUAUCUGGAAGGAUGCCAUUCCACAAACAUGGAAGCCUCACACCACAUUUAACCUAAGUAACACGGAGUCACAACAACAAGGUGUUACGGGCCUGGAGAAUACUUUAAGCACCAAUGGAAGUGUUUACAGUGAAAAGGGCUGGGGUCAACAAAAUGUAUACCAUUACAAGUAUAUCAUUAAUGAGCCAGAGAAAUGUCAGCAGAAAAAGCCUUUCUUAAUACUCCUCAUAGCUGCAGAACCAAGACAAAUUGAAGCGCGACAGGCUAUUAGGCAGACAUGGGGAAAUGAAAGCCUUGCACCAGGAAUCCAGAUUGUAAGGCUGUUUCUUCUGGGCUUACACACCAAGUUAAAUGGGUUAAUUGAACAGGCAAUAGUGGAUGAAAGCAGGCAGUAUCAUGAUAUCAUUCAGCAAGAAUACUUAGACACUUACUACAAUCUCACCAUUAAGACACUUAUGGGUAUGAACUGGGUAGCAACAUACUGCCCCCACGUUCCCUAUGUCAUGAAGACAGACAGUGACAUGUUUGUUAAUACAGAAUACUUGAUAAACAAACUGCUGAAGCCAGACCAACCACCGAGAACCAACUAUUUUACAGGGUAUUUAAUGAGGGGCUAUGCACCCAACCGUAACAAAGACAGCAAGUGGUACAUGUCCCCAGACCUGUAUCCAAGUGAGCGUUACCCUGUGUUUUGUUCUGGAACAGGUUAUGUUUUCUCUGGAGAUCUAGCAGAAAAAAUAUUUAAAGUCUCCUUAAGUAUUAGACGAUUACAUUUAGAGGAUGUGUAUGUUGGUAUCUGUUUAGCCAAGCUGCGCAUUGACCCUAUACCCCCACCAAAUGAAUUUGUAUUCAAUCACUGGAGAGUUUCAUAUUCUAGCUGUAAAUAUAGCCACCUAAUUACCUCUCAUCAGUUCCAGCCUGGUGAAUUGAUUAAAUACUGGAAUCAUUUACAACAGAAUAAGCACAAUGCCUGUGCCAACGCAGCCAAGGAAAAAGCCGGUAGGUAUCGGCACCGUAAAAUGCACUAAAAAGGACAAAAGUGAAGACUAGGAAAAUAUUGAAGUUGGAAAUAUGAACGCAUGUACAGUGACACACAAGUGAGAUGUAAAUGGAGUGAAAAAUUAUUUUUUUAUUUUUAAAAAUAUAUUUAAAAAAACUUGUUUGGGGAAAAAAGAUGAACAGAAAAAAAACUAAUGUGAGGAAAAAUGUGUGUUUAUUCUGUGCAAUAAGAAGCAUGCACACUUCUGUGGUAUACCUGAUAUUUUACGUGCCAAUAAAAUAUGACUGAACACAUUUUU